AUGCCUGUAUCGCCUUCAUUUGCGUCGAGUAUAGAUUCGAUAAUAUCUCAUGAAGCCGUCUCUUUGCCAAGAAAUCCUCCCUUUAUAGAUACUUCGAAUAAAAUGGGUAACCCAACGACUUCACCCCACGCCACCCUUCAACACUUAAUAGAUCCGCCUGUGUUGUCCAGCACAACGUCAUCUUCCCGCUCCACCCUCAGUUCUGCGUUGAACUCGCCUCCACCUCCACCGUCGAUCACUUCGUACUCUUCUUAUAAUUCCUCUGCAUGCCAAUCCAUCACGAGUUCGCCCACAGACAACACUACUCUGCCACAGAGCUCGAAGUUCUACUUCCCUCAUAGCCUCUCGCCUACCCCGCUGUCUUCCAACAGCUCAAGCCAUGUCAUCUUACCCCCCAUAUCUUCCUUCACCAAUCUGAUUACCGUGGCGGAAAGAGAAUUCAAUGGCAGAUCAAACUCCCUGCAUGCCAAUUUUACAGCACCCGUCCCAAGAACCGUGCUGGACCACCAAAGACACGAGUUGUCACUGUGCAACCCCAUCACCGCGGCUACUGUCAAGAACACUACGCCCUCGCCACCGGCCCAACACACCCAGCAUAUACUGUCCACUGUGGAAGGUGUACCGAGAUCAAAAUCAGUUUCUAGUCUGCCUGUUAACGGGUUUCCGGCACUGAUGGGCAGACAGCAGCAGCAAAACACCGGUAGUAGCACUGCCUCGACCCUACCAUCUAUUCCUUCUCCAUUAACCAAUGAACACACUAACAAAUAUUCUUCGUCGCUCAGGGAUUCGUCCAAGAUAAUCAAGCAAAGAAAGAAAAAGGAAUGCCCCAUAUGCCACAAUUUCUACGCCAACCUGUCCACGCACAAAUCCACGCAUUUGACCCCGGAAGACAGGCCUCACAAGUGCCCCGUUUGCCAACGUGGCUUUGCUAGAAACAACGACCUGAUAAGGCACAAGAAACGCCAUUGGAAGGACGAGUUCAUGCAGAUAUACGCAAGGGAUCCGCAAAGCAAUAGCAAUACUGACGAUGCUGACGAUACCCCGCACGUUUCCGCAACCAACGACGCCGACGAUUCUGACGAUAAAUCGGCUGCUUUGGCCUCAUCUUCUUCCGAGGACACGAAACUACUGAAGAAAAAUCAAUUAAGAUCACUAUACAAGAUCAAAGGUGCCUUCAAAUGCCCCUACAACUCCACCUUGAUCAACUUAGACAUGGAGGUGUACCCGCACAAGACCAGAUCGCUUUAUUUUGAGCCAAUAAACUGCCAUCAAACAGGCGUCUUUUCGCGCUGUGACACUUUCAAAAACCAUCUCAAGGCCUUGCAUUUCGAAUACCCACCCAAAACCAAGAAGGAAGAUAGAAGCAUUGUGCCCGGAAAGUGCAAGCACUGUGGGCUACAGUUCCCCAACGUCGACGUCUGGCUGAACAAACAUGUGGGAAAAGGAUGUGGUUACGCAUACCACUAG